AUGGAUAGGCGGAAAAGCGCAGGGCUUCCUACACAAUUGAACCUGCAAAGCAGUGGUUACGGACUUCCUGUCGCUGAUGCGCACAAAUUCGAGACAACGAGCAUGUCGAUGGAAAGCUCUAUAGUAUCCUUGAAGGAGGUCUAUUCGGCUGUGCUAUUAUCUCUCCCUUACGCUUUCGCGUCUUUAGCCUUUGGUUUGGGAAUUGUUCCUGGAAUCUCUCGGGGCGCAAACUCAGCAGAUCCGAAUCCUGAGGUAGUCGUGAACAACGCUCGCUUCCAAAGUAUAGAUCUUGCAAAUACGUCCCGAUCCACUUUACUCAGUGGGCUCAUUGCGGCAACACUGCUUUUUCUGGCUAUGGGAGGCAAAGCCGCGCAAGCGGCUGGCAAGAUUCAAAGCACCAGAUCCUUUUCUCUACUCAACAUAUCGACCUCUGCGGACUUCCUGCGAGUUGGCAGAGUUGCGGUGAUGCGAGCAGCGACAAUCGGAUUGCCUUUCUAUGCUACAUCUUGUCUUGGAGGAGCCAGGGUAACGACUAUCUUCCUCUUUGCCAAAGUUACAGGCCUUAUGGUAGCUGGAGAUGAAUCUUCAAUACUACUUACAGGGAAAACCUGGAUGCGAGUGUUGAGCCAACGCAAAUGGAGUGUGGCAGUGAUAGCGCUUCAAAUUUGCACCGAUGUCUUUGGUCUUACCAAUAGUGAGUCGAAGCUAAGUAUUGCGCUUGGAUAUACGGCCCUUGGAAUCUCUGUCUUCAUGAUGCCACCGGCUUAUCCAUCCCUGAAGCCAAGGUCUUUGAGCAGAAUUAUACACAGCAGCUCUUUAAAGGCGACAGACUGGCGUGUUUCUUCCAACACUGCGUCUCCAUCCACACCUCUGCUUCCAAUCUCAUCAAAUAUAUGCACCGCAGAAGACAUCGACCUCACUCUGGCGGUCGCUUUGUUCAUGUGUAUCACAACUUUCAUACUUCCUUUCGUAUCUGCACCUAGCGCCGGCGCAGAUGCAACUGAUGGUAGCAUUUUUGCCUGGAGCAUCUUGACGACUUGCGCAGCAGCUCUAGGGCUAAUUUUCAUCGAUUCCUAUGCCCUUCGAAGCCAACGCGGUGCUGGGUCAAUUAUUGGAUCACUAAUUUCAUGUCUGUUGAUUACGACCUUGAAUUACGACGCAUGGACUUCUUUCUUCUACCAGAGCGUAUUCAUUGGCGCUUCAUACAUCGCUUAUGCUCUCGAUACUCGAUUUACCUCGUCAUCGUCCUCACAUUCUGCUGGACAUAAUAAUCAUCAACGGCGAUCCUAUCACGGAGAGGUUGUGGGAGCGUCCAGAAUGACAAACUACAUAGUACCGGCAGUCCAGGAUUGGCCUCUUCUUCAUACUAUUUUAGUUGAGAAGGACUCGCGCCGGAUCUUUUACUUCAUGUGCCUCAACUUUGCCUUCAUGCUAGUCCAAACCUUUUAUGGCAUUGUUUCGGGAUCGCUGGGCCUGCUAAGCGAUAGUAUUCAUAUGUUUUUCGAUUGUCUGGCUCUUUUGGUCGGUCUGUCAGCCGCCGUGAUGAGUAAGUGGCCGCCGAGUCGUCGAUUUCCUUAUGGCUAUGCCAAGAUUGAAACACUGGCGGGAUUUGCCAAUGGCGUCUUCUUGAUGCUCAUUAGUGUCGAAAUCAUCUAUGAGGCCAUUGAGCGUCUCUCAGAAGGCAGUAAUGUCAAGCGGUUGGGCGAGCUCAUGACCGUCAGUAUAUUAGGCCUUGUCAUUAACAUUGUUGGGAUCUUCGCCUUUGGUCAUGCUCAUCACGGGCAUGAUCAUUCACAUGGACACUCACACGGACACUCACACGGCCAGCAGGAUCAUGCCCAUGGCAAGCAUUCACAUCUGCAUCACGAGCAUGAACACGACCAAUCACACAGUGACCAUGAAUGUCAUAAUCAUACCCACCAGAGCGAAAGUGAGAUCAAGCACAACCAGAGUUUCCCAGCCUUGAAUGGUCAUGCUAGUGCUGAAAACCUGGCAACCUCUUCACCAACUCCAUCCGUGUACUCUUCAGUCCCAGCCACCCCCUCCAAAACAGUCCACCACGACGCUUCUAGUCAUGGUCAUGGCCAUGGUCAUCAUCAUCACGAGCACGAUCAUGAUCAUAGCCAUCGUCACAAUCAUCAUCACCACCACCAUAGCGAAAACAUGAUGGGUAUCUACUUGCACGUUCUUGGUGACACAUUAGGCUCGCUAGCCGUCGUUGUCUCCACAUGGCUGGUACAGUGGAACGGCUGGUCAGGUUGGGAUCCUCUUGCUUCCACAGGUAUAGCGAUCAUCAUCUUUGGCACUGCAAUCCCGCUGGUCAAGAACUGUGCAAGCAAGCUCCUUCUCACGGUUCCAGAAGACGUCGAAUACGACCUUCGAGAAGCACUAGCGGGUAUCAGUGCGCUACGUGGGGUAUUGGGCUGCACGGUCCCCAAGUUCUGGGUCCAAGACGGCGAGGAAAGACAUGUGAUGGGAGUUGUGCAUGUGGUGGCUGACAGGAUCAGCAACUUGGAGGAUGUGAAAGAGAGAUGCAUCGCCUUCUUGAAGGACGCCGGACUCGAUGUGCUGGUGCAGGUUGAAAUAGAAGGUGCAAGAUGUUGGUGCCAAGGAGUCAGUUCAAAGUAA